GCAGUACGGUUCAGCCGUGUGAAAACGAACCAUUCUCAUGUUUCCAGACAGAGCUUCACACUUUUCCAGUAUUUAGAAAUUUUCGUUUCAUCAAUGGAAGCGCCAUAGUGGCUGUGCUAGAGGGGAAGAACAACGCGUAAGAAUCAUGCUUCUCUAUGUGGAAAGUAGUGCAUUUUCGAUCCACACAUUCAUACUGCAAUGUAGUCCUGGCGACACGCUGGCCCGGAUCCGGGCUCAGCUACUGCAUAUCCUGUAUCAAAUUGGUCACGAGGACCACCAGUUCCGCAUGAGAUACAAGGGUCAAUACCUAAGAGAUGCCUACACGCUGGAGGACUACCGAAUUGGAGACCACUGUGUACUCAAGAUGGUACCCAUGGCAAAGAAACACGAGUCUUUCACAGAUGUGCGAGCUGACAGGGCCAAGCUGGGAGCUGGACAGAGCAACGAGGUCAAAAUGGCUCUCAUCCGGGAGGUCGCAAUGCUGAAAUGGAGAGAACAGAUGGUGGCCGGAUUCAGUGGCAUCCUGUCGCUGAACCGCGUCUUCACCCUGUUUGCCGGCCUGAUGUUUGUCUGGUACUUCCUCUCCCCCUACCCGCCUACGCAGUACAGUUCAUUCCUGCCCUGGGCCAUGCUGAUCUACUGCGUUGGCGUCGGUCUGAUCACGCUUUACACAUUGGAGAAAUGUCCCUCCUAUACCCACAAGUCGGGUUUCACUGGGCCGUCCAGUUUGUGGCCCCGCUUCUUCAUGGUGACAUUCCUCAUCCUGACGAUAAUCAAUUGGGGCGUGGCAGUCUUUCUGAUGAUCAGGUUUAUCCUGUCCAUCUUGGACUAUUCCUGCCUGGCGGAGGAGAGCACUGAUUCCUGCACAGUCCGUGGUUUCUGGUCAUACUUCCUGGCCAUAUUCUUCAGCCUGCACGCCAUCUACCUCUUCAUCAUCUGGUCCAUGGCGAUGUCCUUGCUCCGCAACUUCCACUUCCGUGUCGGUGAUUACCUUGAAGAGCACCUGGUGGUGACCAGAGACGUGGAGAAGGUGAUCGAGACAGCUCGGAAUGGAAGAGUGAAGGAGAAGCGUCAGGCAGCAUUUGAACUAGCCACCCUAGCCACUACGGGAGAUGACAGCAAGUUUCGCAUUGUCGCUGAGGGAGGCUUGGAGGUCCUGAUUUCUCUGGGGUUAUCAACAGACGAAGCAACCCAGGAGUAUGCCACCGAGGCCAUGGCAGAACUUCUAACUGUUCCAGUGAUCCAGGACACCUUUGUGGAGCUGGGCGGUGUCACCACCCUGACCACCCUUCUGCACUCUCACAACCCCCGCCUGGUCCAAGAAGCAGUGACCGCCAUCUCCUACAUUGUGGCCGACUCGGAGGACAACAGGCAGGCAAUCAUCGCCGACCGCGGCCUGGAGGACCUAGCCCACGCCGUCCAGGGUGGGACAGAUGUCGCCAAGCGCAACGUGGCCGGCAUCUACUUGGACUUGGCCUUCAGCCCUGACAUCAGGGCGCAGAUGACCUCACAGAAUGCGCCAACUGCAGCGCUGGUCUCCCUCUGCACCAGUAGUGACAGCGAGACACUCAGGUUGGCCCUACAGGCGCUGGAACUGGUAGCCAUCGAGAGCGCAGAUGUCAUCCUUUACCAGGAGGAGCUUCUGGACCAUCUUCUGAACAUUCCUCGGAAGUCCUCGGAUGCAGGUAUCUAUCUUCUGGCAGGCAAGAUCCUGCUGUACUUUGCUGAGAGUCCCCAGGCAUGUGAGAGAAUGCUGGCGGCACCAAACCUGAAGACUGCCUUGAACCAGUUAGCCAAAACAGGAGAUUCCAUUCUGCAGAAGGUGGUGUCCAAAGUGGUCCUCUGCACACUGGAUCAGAGGCAGACUGCUAUCAGGGCCAAGGAGCUGAAUCUCAAGGAUGUCCUGGUGUACAUUCAAGGUCACGCUGCAGAUCGAGAGGCCUGGAACAUGGCCGAUGCAGGCAUCACAUCCAUCGAGACCGUCCUGUUCAGCAGCUUUGUGCCGGGGCCGGACAGUGACCUGGGGUCCCUCCUGUCACUCAAGAAGCCCCUGUCUCCCUUCAAGAGAGAGGACGAGGAGAGAAAAGCGGCCACCACGUCGGGCGGAUCUGCUGAUGGUGGGUCCGAGGCUGGACCUAGCUUCAGCUCAGGAGCAGGACCAGACAGCACCAGCGGCAGCCGUGGGUCCCAGCAGUCCCUGAGGCCAGUGCAGAAGAGACCCGCCUCAGCUGCUUCCAAUUCAUCCACUUCAUCAUCAUCAUCAUCAUCAUCAUCGUCAUCAUCAUCAUCUUCUUCCAAAAGCAGCAAAGGGUCCAAAAAGUAAAGCAACUCAAAAAAUAAAAUAGAGGAGGUAAUACUCGGGAGAUUCUGCUUCAAUUUGGGGUCAUGUCAGACUUUUAAAAUGUUGAAGUGUUGGUGUUAACUUCAACUCCCGGAUUUCGUUUGCUUGAAGGUUUCUUAAAUUUGUCCAAAUUCACCUCUGUACGCUGUAGUGAAGGAACUUUAUAGUCGAAUUCAUCACAAGUCCAGUCGCAAGUCUUUUCACAAGUCUAGUCAUAUAAACUCAGUGGACACUGGAGUAGGAAUACUUUUGUCACAGCUCACUUAAAUGGUUUUUGACUACACUCUGAAUUAAAGACUGUGUGACUUGUGAUGGACUUGUAAUCAGCAGCUUGUUACAGAUUUUAAAAAGGUAGAGUUAAAACACCUUAAUUGCUAUAAGUAGGGAAGAUUUAUUUCCCUUGAUUUAUUCUGUCUGUUGUUCAGUCUUUACAUGGAACAUGUAAAUAACAUUUUUGUUAAAUAGUGUGAUAAGAGUGCAUGAAAUUGUCAGAUUCAUAACUCAAGUCUGAAGAAUUAUAUUUCGGAAAAAUUUAGUUUUCAACAAAAUGUACAUGUAUUUUGUAGAGUUUUUACAUGUAGAUGGCUAUUUUUUCUACAGAUUUUAUUUGUAAAUUUUGGAGAAAUGUUGUGAUUUUUCUGUAACAUAAUUCACGAUGCACUUAAAUGUUACUCGAGUCAUUCCGUCCAGUCCAUGUUCCGUCCUUGCUAGAAAUUGUUACUCAUGAGACUGGGUUAAUGAUUUAAGAAAAGGGGGGUGUGAUUUCAAGAAUUAACAUCUGGAAAUCUCACUACUCACAAGGUUAACUCAAGAUUAUCAAAAAACUGGAUGUGAAAAAAUUGUAUAGUAGAGCAUACUUAACCCUAACCCCCCAGGGACCAUUGAAAUCCUGCAUAACCUUGUUGGGUUCAGUAUGGUUAGGGUUACCCGA